AUGCUACAGUAUCAAGGAGAAAGAAUUGAACCGUUAGUCGAUCAAGUAUCAGAGUUGAGUAAAGUCCUAGAGGAGAAUCGUAAAAUAAUCGAUCGCAUAACUUCACAUGUUGAUGCGGGCUUUUCUUUGCCAACUUCUGACCUUGUGAAAGAACGUGUAGAUAAUCGCCAAGAACGGCCUGACGUACUAGAACACUACUUGCGAGAAAAGUAUCAAAUCCACAGCAUAGAUGUUCCGCCAGAUAUCAUAACUUCGCUCGAAACAAAAGACCCCAUAGUUAUCAAACUUGCCAAGGAUGUCUACCGACUAAACAUUAUCAGAAAUGCCAAAAAGAAGGCUAAUGCCGAACUUUAUGAAGUUAUCAAGAGAUAUGAGGAAUUCAUAGCUCUGGUAUUGUUACCAGAGCUUCGUCGUGAUAUGGAGCAGCUUCAUAUUCAGGACGGUAUUCAAGUACUUAAAGAUGAACAUACACCUCGAGUUUUAAACGAGAUUGAUCGAGUCUGGGAACACUAUCUUCAAUAUGUGGAGGGACUUGAUAAAGUAUGCAUGACCAGCGAAAAGUUGAUGCAAGCGUACCAAGAUGCUGACGACUUGGAGUUUGCGAACAAGAUACAUCAAAAAAUGGUCAUUAUACGUGAAAUUCGCAAUUACCUUCUACUGAUUGCUACAUAA